GAAUCGUUUAGUGUGCGCUUUCGUACGAGUCGAGUAUGUGCCGUAGUCGUUUCCCUUUCGCUGGUGGGUGGUGAUCCGUGAACAUUAUUUUCCUCUUGCUGCAUUUUGCACCUCCCCUCUGACGUUUAAGAGUGAGUGAUAUCUUUUUUUAUCCGCGGUUCAGCCGAAAAAGCAAAGAAAACUUUGUUAUUUUGAUCCCCGUUUGUUCAAGUGCAGUGGCAGAAGCGAUUGUCUAGUGUUGUGCAAAACAAUAUUGCAAUUUUUGAUAGUGAAAUUUUGCGAAAAAGUGCAGUGAACUAACGACGAGUGCGAAGAAAAGUCGUGGGCGAAGUGUGCGAGAAGAAAGCUCCCGAAUAAAAAGGAUUGGCGAUUUUUGCUGCGGGAAUUGGUUUACUCAUUCAGCAUUACAUCUAGUGUUUCCAAUCCACAUGUAAUCGUACACGCACCGGCCCAACCUGUCCAGUGGAAUCCAGCCAAACAACCAUCCAACCCUUAGGGCAUAGCGUAAAACACCUUGUAGCCAGCCAGUAGUGUUGUUGUUGAUGUUGGUUGCUCUACUAGUUACUAGACGUGCGUCCAACUAUCCUCUGACGCACGAAAUGCUAUACCAAAAGAGAGGUAUAGAUAAAAAGUGAAAUGCUCAGUCGAAAUGUAUUAUAAAUAAAGAAAAUUGAGUGCAUCAAGCAAAACAAGGUGAGCAAAUUAACGAGAAACGUAAAUACCGCUCGCCGUUUUCGGUAUAAGUACAACCCAAUCGCGUUGUACAGCUUAUGCUAUAGGUGUAUAGUGCAAAGCAAGUGAACCAACAGGAAAGGUGAAAAGCAAAAAAAAAAUAAGAAGUGAAAAGUGUUGAACGUGGCCAUACACAGUCUCCAUCGCCGUUCCACGCAUAAUCCUCUCUCCCGGUGGUCCGGCCCUCAUUCGCGGAAUAAGUUCACCACGUGGCCUUCCACCGGGGCUCACCGAUCUAACCUGUGCGGGGCCGCGCUUGUUCCCGUCCGCACCAACCUCCAUCCAUUGACGAGAACCAGAAGAGCGCCACUCGUAGACUCAUCUAAUUGUAGCAGUAGAGAAUAGUAGCUUCGUUUGCGAAGCCAACCAUACGAUGGGAAAAUCGGACCGGCGCUGAUCGAGAGUGAGAGCGUCGUCGCUUCACCACAGUGCCCGUUGAGGCGUUGUGGUGCCCGGGGUCAUGUUCGAGCGUCGUCCACUGUUUGGGGCUCUGAUCGUGCUGACGCUGGUAGUGACGAUAUGGCACAUGUCGCUUCAGGAAGCCGACAGCAGCGGCGGCUCUGGUGGUGGCGGUAUCGGCGAACCGACUGGCAUCGUGCCACCCUAUAUGCAAGGACCACCAGCCCCCUCGUUUACGCACUAUCCUCCGGCAGCACCCCCACCUAGCAGCUACUACUAUUACUCAAACGGAGUGGCCGGAGGUGGAGCAGCCGGUGAUGAAACAAGUGCGACGGUGAGUUGGAACCAGAGCAGCUCGCCAUCCAUGCUGUUAUUAGUCAAGCCAGUAGUAGAACGGUUGCCAAAAGAUGAUUAUACCAGUUUAAUAGAUUUAAAAGAUUUUAAAUUCACUAUCAACUUUAACAAUUGUAGUAGCGAUAGCGCAAGGAGCAAGCGUGAAAGCAUGCGAAGUGAUAGCCUUAAGAGUGACGAACGACGAUCACCGUUAGUUAUAGUACUAGUACAUUCGGCACCAAACAAUUGGUACAAGCGCAAUACGAUCCGUGAUACCUGGGGACAGUAUGAUCCACGAGCGAAGCUCGUCUUCCUGCUCGGAGCAGUCAACUCCAGCACCCUGCAGCACCGGAUAGAGCAGGAGAACCGCAUGUACGAUGACAUCGUGCAGGGCAGCUUCCUGGACGCAUACCGGAAUAUGACCUACAAGCAUGUGAUGGCACUAAAAUGGUUCACAUAUCACUGCCCGGAAGCCAAAUACAUCCUGAAAGCGGACGACGACGUCUUCGUAAAUACUCCCACGCUGUACGAUAUACUCGAAUCGACCACCCAGAGGCGGAGGUUGCUCUUCUGUCAGGAAAUCCGGCGAGCGCCGGUGAAACGAACCCAUCGAUCCAAAUGGUUCGUCAGCAUACCGGAAUACCGGAACCGUUAUUACCCGAGCCAUUGUCCCGGUUAUUCGAUAAUCUACACCCCGGACGUGGCAUUCCAGCUGUACCGGGAAGCUCAGCAGCAGCCGUACUUCUGGAUCGACGAUGUCCACAUGACGGGCACGAUAGCGCAGCGGAUCAACGCGACUAUAACCCCUACCGGCAGCAUGCUGCUCAACAAAAGCCAAAAAGAUGCCAUCAUCGAAAACAAACUGAACGCCACGGAACUGUUGUUCUUCUUCACGACACCAGAUCUGCGGGAGGGUGAAAUCCGGAAGCUCUGGAAAGCGGUCACCGAACGGUCGAAGCAUGGCAGUAGAUAGUAGGAUCGGAAUCCACCGCAACGGACGACGACGAUGACGACAAUGAAUGUGUGCAUGUUUAUGUUGUGUGAGUACGUGUGCAUUGGCGGGGCGGUCCCUUACCACCACCCCCUCGAUCCAUUCAAAAUCAGAUGGAAGAGAUUUCCUGGAGCAAAACAAAUCAUCGUUGAUGUGACAGUAGAAGAGUGCAUGUAUAACCAAACCCUCAAACCCUCACGUGUAUUAUUGAUAUUAGUAUUAGUAGGUAAAUGUCUUUAUUUUCUCGUUUAAGUAUAUGGCUACCUUGAAUUAUUAUGAUCUGGAAUGGUACUAAUAUUGCUAAUAUAAGUAUGAGAACUAGACAUCGAACAAUCGCAUUUGUUUGGUGUUUCAUCAUUGAACUUAAUUAUGAAUUGUAUUUUUGGCCUCCAACUAAACUUCAUCACGAUGACGCCGCAGUGUAACUUUUUCAUCCGCUCUUUGCUGGAACUAAUCGCUUAAUGGUCGAUGGAUAAAGUGAACAACAGGAUGCUCGCACGUUCCUACAAAAAACGACAGCAAAUUAAAGCAUGUGAUAGCCCCUAAAAAUACUACGGCAAUCGAUUGGCCAAUAGCCGCUUCUCAACUUUAUCGUUCCACCGUCAAUCAACGUGAGGCCGAUGUUUGCACCUAAUUUAUAGCAGUUUGUCAGUCGAUCAAACCACCCACUCGUUUCGAUUGUGACUGGGUGGUUGGUUCGCUAGCCAUACAUUUGAGGUAGGGGACAACGAUUGCAAUCUCACUUCCACCUGAAAAUAGCUGGGCCAGUGGCCUCCUCUAGCCACCAACAAGGAACGCGCCUUCAUGUGCGUUAACAGUUUCAGUCAUUCUUAUACAGGGUAUGAGAAUCCUUUCCCUCCGUCGCCGACGCCAGUCUGUAAACCAUGGACGACGACGACGACGACGACGAAACGGUUGCAGCAGGUCAUUAUCAUUAGCACCCCCGCUCCUCCUUUUGGAGUUUCUGGUUUGAACGAAAACCGAGCGGAGAAAUAGCGCCAUAUAGUCGUACUGUCACUGUUGGCUGGAGUAGUUUCAACAAACCCGGACGACAUACAAUGUUUGUUUGUGCAAAUUAUUCGGGUUUGUGCUGAAUUAGAAUUACGUUGGCCAGAAUACCAAUUUAGCUAUGAACUUAUCGACAAAAGCCUCAGAUUCUCGUUCAAGAAGGUUUCAACUACCUAAUGGGCGCAGUAUGGCAAGGACCUCUCAAGGAUGAAUCAUGGGACCUCUAGAGGAGCUUGGAAUUGAACUAGUAAUUACGGAUCUUCAAAUAGCAAAUCACAAGCCU